AAAAUAGGUUAAGGAUACAAAAUGCUCUGGUCACACUGCAGAAAGGAAAUAUCACCAGUCAUAGCACGUGUGUGAAAAGGCAAAGUUGAAAAUUGUGAUUGCACUUGGCAUUAAAGCUUCUUCGAUUUGAGAAAACACCAUUCCAAUAAAGCAGCAAGAUGAGUACAGUCGCAAGCAACGAUCAGCACGAGGACACCGGUGUGUUGCCGAUGCCCGGCACGGGCAGCCCCAGCUCCCAGAUCCAGCAGAGGGGCAAUGGCGCGAUCGUGCCCAGCUACGAGCGUGCUACUGACGGCGAGCAGAGCGAGGCGCAGGCUUCAGCUAGCUGCACUGCAGUCGCUCUGGGUCCGUCAGGUGUUGCCGACGUAGUGAAUGGGUCAUCAUCUGUGAGCAGCCCCGUGCAGCCGUCCUGGAUGUGCUCCGUCGCCAGGUCCCAGGACAAGAAGUGCGGCAUUUGCUUCGAGACGAUCAUGGAAAAGGAGGGAGGAGAUAAGCGUUUCGGCAUCCUGCCCAGCUGCAACCACGUGUUCUGCUUCCAGUGCAUUUCCACAUGGCGUCAGGGCAAGCAGUAUUCCUAUCAAGUGACGCGAACUUGCCCCGAAUGUCGCGUUUGGUCUAACUUUGUAUGUCCCAGUGUGGUUUGGGUGGAUGAAAAGGAGGAGAAGGACCAGCUCAUCAAUGAUUACCUCGCCGCUUUGAGUGCAAAAGACUGCAAGUACUUUAAAAAAGGAAAGGGCGUGUGCCUCUUUGGCAACAAGUGCUUUUACAAGCACGCUUUGCCCGACGGACAACUCAUCGAUGCGGGAUUGCCGACCUAUGCUCAUUGGCUACCGAUUCCACCUGAUUUUAUGGGGUUAGCCAAUUGGUUUGUUGCUGAUUACAGUAGUUCCGACGACUCCGAUUUCUCGGAUUUCUCGGAUUCCUCGGACGAAAACUAGACUGCCAAAACUGGAGGAGAUAGGAAAAAGCACCAAGUCGUUUCAGUUGGCUUACAUCACAAUCAUUCACCACUUAAUUCCAAGAAUUUUGAGGCACUUUUUACUUGCAUUCGAUUUCCAU